ACCCCCUGGAGUGCUUAUCAGGUGGCUGGGGCUGCGCUGUGGGUGGUCGGGGCGCAGGAAGUGGAGAAAAACGAGGCGCGUGGGUGUUGCGGUUAGGGAAAAAGGGAGCUUGAGAAAGCCGAGUUCAAACUCCGCCGGGUCUUACGCAGCCAGGACGCCAAGAAUGGCUUCUUUUGGGUGGAAGAGGAAGAUUGGUGAAAAGGUCUCAAAGGUCACUUCCCAGCAGUUUGAAGCUGAAGCUGCUGAUGAGAAGGAUGCGGUUGAGAAAGACGAAGGGAACUGGCUUCAUGCCAUUAAACGGAGGAGAGAAAUUCUCCUUGAAGGCUCUGCUGAGAAGAGUAAACAGCUGAAGGAUGAAGGAGCCACUUUGGCUGAAAAUAAAAGAUACCGGGAGGCAAUUCAGAAGUGGGAUGAAGCGCUGCAGUUGACCCCAGAUGAUGCCACCUUGUAUGAGAUGAAAUCCCAGGUCCUAAUGUCUCUUCAUGAAAUGUUCCCAGCAGUACAUGCAGCCGAAAUGGCUGUUCAGCGAAAUCCACAUUCCUGGGAGUCUUGGCAAACUUUGGGACGGGCUCAACUUGGAUUAGGAGAGAUAAUCCUGGCUAUUCGAAGUUUCCAGGUAGCUCUUCACAUCUAUCCAAUGAACCCUGAAAUAUGGAAAGAAGACCUGUCUUGGGCAAGAACACUCCAGGAACAACAGAAAGUAGCGCAGAAGAUAAAAAAAAGUGAAGCACCCCCCGAAGAAGCACCAAAGUCGAUUCCAGACUAUGACUUUGAAAGUGAUGAGAUUGUUGCUGUUUGUGCUGCUAUUGCUGAAAAACAGAAGACGGUUUCAGCCAAUAAAACCAUGGUGAUUGUGUCGGCUUCUGGGACUGUGGAGACUGUAACUGAGGAGGAAGACGGCGCCACACCACCAGAUGGCUCUGUUUUUAUCAAAGCUCGAUGAAGCAGUUUGCAUAAUGGAGGAAUUAUUUGAAUCUUUUUGAUUGCCACUUAAAGUUUAGAUGUAGGGAUAUUUACUUGGAGAUACAUGCAGAAGGCAAAACUCCUGUUUGUAAAAGAAAGUUUAUCAGUUGAGGCAUACAGAAACUAAAUGGCAGAAUUGUUACGUAGUGUUUGGACUAUGCCUUGAUAAGUUACGAUUUAUACUUCUUAAGGGUAGAAUUCUGAGUUAAAUCGCUUUUGAUUAAUGAACUUAAUGUAAUCUGAAUACAUAAAUGAAUACAUUUUAAAGACAACUUGAAAAGUAUAUUCUUAAAUAGUGAAUAACUUGAUGGCCAAUGUUAUUAAAAUGGUGACUCAAAUUUUGUUUUAUGAUUAAGGAAGUAUGUGAUUUCUUUCCCUCCUAGAAAUAAUACUGUUACUAUUCUUUCAUUUUUCUUGCUUCAUUAGAGUAGGCCUGUCACAAAGCUUGGAUAUUUUUGACAUUCAUUUUGAUUCAAAGUUGUCAUUUGGUUACAUGUGGAAUUUUUGAAAGUUUGGCUGGAAAUGCAUGCAAAUGUGUACAUUCUGAACAUUUCUCGUAAUUCUAAUUUGUAUUUCUAUUUUGAAUUUAAAGUUAACAACAAUAGUAGUUUUCUUCCUCAAUAUUUGUAAGAUGUGGGAAAUACAUCAGAAUGGUGUUUUUUUUUUUUUUUUUAAUUAGUGGGCAGAGUAGUCCUUAUCAAAAGUGAGUCAUUUUUUAAAAUGUGCAUUUUUAAAAUUAAUGGCUUUUACAGAGAUUGUGAUAGAUAUUACUGCUGUAUCAUCCCAGGCUCAAAAGCAGUAUUUUCCUUCAUUUUUAAGAGCUUAAAUAACCCUGAAGACAAUUUAUUUCUUGCUUGUAGCUCUAAUAAUUUGAAUUACUUUUCUAGAUAACGUUUUUGGAAAUACUUAGUAAAAUGAAAAAUAAUUACAAAUUGGAGCAGCUAAAUGAUAUCUUUCUAAAAAUAAAAAAGGAUAUUAUUACAGUGUCAGUGAGUGAAUAACUUAAGCACAAAAUACAUAAAAACUGGAUCGUGAUUUAUAGUGCAAUCUCAUGUUUAUGAGAAGGCAAUGUUAAAUAUUGAAAAGCUGCAAUCACAUUCAUAAGUCAAUACUGUCGUUGCAUGUGAAUUAUUAUUUUUAUAACUAUAUUAUAGUACCAAUACAAAGAACUAUUGAUUACUAUAAUUUCUGACACUCAGGAAGAUACUAUUGGUGGAAAGUUAAUUUUAUCUUGUUAGGGAUGCAAGUAGGCUACUUUAUGUUAAGGAGCUGUUGGAGCACAUAAGUAAUGGUCUACAUUUUUAUGAGGAUGAUUUUUCAAAAUUUUGUUUUAUUGGAAUGCAGAUGUCUUUUCAGAGUUGGAGAAGUCAGCACUUGCCUCGAAAAGUAUUAUAUUUUUACCCUAAGUUAUAAAAUUAGAAAGCUAUGUUUAAAGAGGUCAGUUUCAGAGUGAUCUAAAUAUUUUGUUUAAUAAGGAAAAUUCUCAAAAGGUAGAUAGGUAUCUAGAGAAUGAAUAUUCAACAUUUGACACAUUGUCUUGAGCAAUGGAUGGUUGUUUAUUGUGUAAUUUGUGAAUAAAUAGUUUUUUCCUGCGUUUUGAAGACUUUAUUUUGUGGUGUUAGCUUUUGAAAAAUUAGAUUGAUCUACUUAAUUUUCUUUUUUUUUUGAGGAAGAAAAAGAUAGGUUUACAGAAUAAGAGCAAGAUACAAGUUUACAGAGUAGGAUAUAUUCACCACAGACAACAGGCCCCCUUUGGUGUGACAGAAGGCCUAUUUACUCAAUUUCUUAUGUGAAUAUAAUAUAUGUGAAGUACCCUGCCUGGUGCCUUGCCCACAGAGUGCUCAGGAAGUGCUAGCAAUUUUUGUGAAGAAGGUGAAUUAAUUUGGUGAUGUUUAACCAGUUUCUUCUGCUUUAAGAAAGGAGAACUUGUUUUACGAUUCCUUCCUUAUUUGAAAAUGAGAAGUCACUACUUUCGAUAUUGUAGGACAGAUGGUUAUCACUUGGGGAUUAUUGUUAUGUGAGGUCUGUGCCUCAACCCCCACAGAGGCAAGACCUCGGGUGAAGUGCAUCAGCCCCUAGACCCUGUUAACCUGGUCCUCUGUAUUGGCAUUGGUGGGCCAAGUUAGUCUCUCCCUCACCCCGAUGUAAGUCAUAAACCGACAUAAGGUUGAAGAGAAAGGGAGUUAUGAGAAGGAAGGCAGCUCACUUCUCAGCUCCCCAGAAGAUGCUUAGUUUAGCCCAUACUCCUCUGUGCAUGACGAAAAAUGCCUCUGUUAUUUUACAGGGAUGUAAAUACUCAUACUCAAACAUUUACUAAGCUUAUUAGUUGUGAUAAAUCUUUGUGAAUCUGAAGACAAAUAAUUGAUGUUCAUGAUAUAUAGUUAGAGAUGUUUAAUAUAUUUCCUGAAAUAACAGUGUUCCGUGUUCAAGUUAAAUAUAAUAUUGAAUAUAAUUUAUAUUAUCAUUUGAAAAUUACAUGGCAUACAUGUCCAUUAGUGAGAACACCAUACAUUCAGACCAUGCCUGAUAACCCGAGAGUCAUAUAUUAUUCUCUAGGAAAUAAGCUCUUUGAUUAUAGAGUAUUUAUCUUAAGUAUGCUAACAAAUACUAAACAGGGAACAGCAUGCAACUGAUAGCUUGGAGAACCCAGAUCGACUGCCACUGGGGCCUACGUACAAAAUUUUGUGAGACUGGUUUAAGUAUGAAACUAUUGUAAAUUGAUGCUGUAUGAUAAAACUAUAAUGAAGACUUUAAAAAGCUUUGUCUCAGAAAACUAGAGUUUCUGUGAUUGUAACUUCAGUUUAAACAUUAUGCUUUACAAAACAAUUUAAAAGUUGUUUCACUGCCUUUCCCAGCAGUAAGAAAAUUAUCAAUCAUUUCUUAUAACUUCUUGAGUCAGAUGCCCUUCUAAACUGACUCUGGAUCAGCCAUUCUGAGCUGUGAUUUCAUGACACACGUAUCUCUAAGUGAGUUGUAAGUUGGCACAAGGACCAUAGUUCCAUAAUAAUUAUAGUAUUUUAAAUGUGUUUUCUUUUGUUCCUGAGAGGUUACUAUUAAACUGACAGUGUAUUUUGUAAUUGGUGGCAUUUUGAGAUUGAGAAAGUAAGAGUUUUAAACCAGCAAUAAAAUACAGAAAUCUGUAAAUUACCUCCUUAACCAAAGUAAAUUAAAAUGAAAUAAAGGAGGUAUCCCCAAUGUCACUUGCAAUUAAAUAUAGCCACUUUUAGAAGAGAAAGUGUGGCCCUAUAUAUAGCUAGCAUACCAUGAAUUGUGCCUUAAUGUGUGAUACAUGUGAACUUCACCUGUGGUAUAUGUCAAGGUAGAAGAAAGGUUGAGAAAUGCUGAUCUAUACUUUGGUGACAAAGCAGAAGAUGGGGAUGGAUUCUUUUCAUAGAGCUCAGGACGACAAAGCAGAAGAUGGGGAUAGAUUCUCUUCAUAGAGCUCAGGACUUGCAUAAACCAGAGUCCUGAUCUCUCCCUUCCAUCUCUGCAGGAAGGAAGAGCGUUUAAGACACACAACUGGGCAUCCAGGCCCUUUUUCCUCUUCCUUUGGGUUUGUCAGACCUGCAGAGAACCCAUGUUGUGGUCUCUUGCCAGCAAUGCUGUGACCCUUGCGGUGGUUCUCUGCCUCUGUGUGGGGAGCCCUGUGCUUGUGUAAAACAGCCCAUGCUUUGGUGAGCAGUUUUUUGAAUUAUGCAUUUGUUAUUAGCUGGCCAUUGUUGGCACAAAGCUAAAUUACAUUCUCUAACCUAGCCUUUUCCAGCAAUUAAUCUGAUGUAGAAGCUGCAUCUAUCUGUCUCUCAAAUGGUUCAGAGGUCAGGAGGGAAUGAAGGGUCUUAUUUUAUGACUUCCUCAAACCGCAACUGAGAUUAGUGCAGAUGAUAUUUCAAAGUAAGCAUGAGAUAUAUUAAAAACCAAAGGUAAGGAUUCUUUUCUAAUUUUAGAAUUUGUUAUCAUGGAAAUCUGAUUGCAAAUGAAUAUUAUUAACUAUAAGGCAACAUGUAAAAUUUGUUCAGGAUAUUAAAAGGUCUACUGUCUCAGAAUCGUGAUAGACUAUUGUUGACUCUAGAUUUAAUGGGAAGGGAAGAAUAUGAAGACUAAUGAUAUCCUCACCCACCUUUAUUAAUUUUUCUUAAAUGAGAAUAAUUUAGAUAUAAUAAGAUUAAAGUAUUUUAAGUUUGUAAUUUGGAAAGUUUUGACAAAUGUGGUCACCUACUUCACCACAGCUACCAACACAAAGUAUACACCUAUCAUCCAAAAGUUCUCGAUAGCCCUUUUGCGGCCAGUUCCCCUUCACCCUAACAGCCACCCUAACAGCCACCCUUGUUUGUCUACCUAUGUGCUUUCUGUGGUUAUAAUUUAGACUUGACUUUUCUAGAAUUUCAAAUAAAUAGGCCAUACAAUAUGUACUCUUUUUAUGUCUGACAUUUUUUGUUCAGCAUCAUGCUUUUGAAAUCUAUCCGUGUUGAUAUUCACCCAUGUUACUGUGUGUGUUAGUAAUACGUUCCUUUUUAUCAUAAAAUAGUAAUCUAGCCUAUGAACAAUUGGUUUAGCUGUUCACCUAUUUAUGAACAUUUAGGCUGUUUCAGGUUUUGACCUAUUAUGAAUA